AUGCUGCUCCCGCUCCGAGCACACCAUCCUGCUCGGUCGCUGUGCCGUCCGCUUACUAACAAGGCUCGGGACCGACCCAGCGGCCUCCUCUUAAGGUCUCGCGUUCCGUUACGGCUCCCCGUUACUAGUGCCGUCCCUGCUGGUGCACAGAGUAGUAUCUACGCCAGACGCUUCGCUACAACCCCGACUGCCAGGAUGUCGCUGCCCUCCAAGAUCUCUGCGAUCGGUAUCAACAAGACGGGCGACUUCGACGUCAUCGAGAAGCUCGAGCUGCCUUUUCCGCAGAACGCCCCCGGGAACGUCCUCAUCAAGGUCCAGUACGGAGGUGUCAACUUCAUAGACACCUACUUCCGGAAGGGCCUCUACCCGAUCUCCCAGUUCCCCCAAGCAUUGGGACGGGAGGCCGCCGGCGAGGUCAUCGCCCUCCCCACAGAUGAAAGCGUACUCAGCAACGAGGAGUACAAGCUGCGUGGCUUGAAGGUCGGCGCCAGGGUCGCUGCCAACACGCUCGGCGCGUUCUCAGAGUACGUCAGCGUCCCCUGGAACAAGGUGUACGCGCUCCCAGAACACCUCUCGACACGCGUCGCCGCGGCCUCGCUCCUCCAGGGCGCGACCGCGCUCACGUUCGUGACGGAGGCGUACAACGUCCAGAAGGGCGACGUCGUCCUCGUGCACACCGUCGCCGGCGGCCUCGGCCUCAUCUUCGCCCAGCUGAUCAAGGCGCGCGGCGCGACCGUCAUCGGCACGACGAGCACCCCCGAGAAGGCGGCGCUCGCGAAGGCCCACGGCGCGGACCACGUCAUCCUCUACACCAAGGAGGACCUCGUCCAGCGCGUGCUCGAGCUGACGAACGGCGAGGGCGUGCACGCCAUCUUCGAUGGUGUCGGGAAAGACACCUUCGAGGCGGACCUGAAGGUCAUCCGGAGGAAGGGCACGCUCGUCUCCGUCGGAAACGCCUCUGGGGCGGUGCCGCCCUUCCCGCCGCUCAGACUCGUCGAGAAGAACGUGAAACUGCUCCGCCCAACCCUGGAUAACUACAUCUACACCCCCGAGGAAGGCCGCACGUACGUCACCGAGCUCUUCAAGCUGAUCGAGAACGGCACUGUCAAGAUCAACAUCCACGGUGACUACCCCUUCACCGCCGAAGGCGUGCAGCAGUCGCAGAAAGACCUCACUGGGGGCAAGACGACUGGCAAGUUGCUUAUCAAGAUCUCGGACGCGUAG